UCCAUACCAAGACCCAGAGUUACGGUGACAUACCAUAGCUUGAACAUCGAGUUUAACCAAACAUAACAAAAAUUAAAAAAUAGAUAUAAGGUAUAUUUGCAUUAAAUGUAAUUCUUUUCAAUAUUGCAAUGGUAAAAAACUCUACCAGAGGAAAGCCUUCUGCAAGUUAACAAGAAUUGUGAACUAAACAAUAAUCUGAAGUAUACCUAAAAGUAACAGAAAAGGUCGGUGAGAAGGAUGACACAGGAAAACUUGCUACAUAUAUUUUACAUAUUUUCUUUCUAAACUAUUAAAUUUCUAACUUGACUAAGAUAUAGAGAAAAGGGAAAAAUUCAUAUUAGAGGGAGUAAGUGCAUUUUAACAAUCCUCCUAAAAAUGAAAGAACCAAUAGUCUUGAUGUUAUGUGCUAUCACCAUCCCAUAUAGAGAUCAGAUCUGCUGCAAAUAGUCAAGGGAAGUCUUGAGUAAUGAAAGAGAAAAGAAACUGUGAUUAGUGGUAUGGGGAGUAUGUAGCAGACCCCCACCACCGUGAUUUUUGUAACGUUUUUCUUCUCUUCCGAGACUUGAUGUCACCAAUUGUCCAGUUGAAAUUCAAGUUAAAAGACACUCCCAGUACAAAAUUAAUGUUGGGAACUCUUUGAUUGUGGACUGCCCAGUUCAUUACUGCAAGAAAGAGCCAGUCAUGCAGUGGUGCAGGACAGAGCAGACCACAUGUAUGCGGCUGAAGGAGGGCAAAGCAGAAUGGAAGUCCAGCGUGUUUAGUCAGGAGGUUUUCUCAGUUCACCAGAAUGAUAGCGGAUUUUAUCGUUGUUGAGCAAUAGCGGACAACUUUUCCAGUGAGAGCCAUGGAAUAAAGGUUAUUGUAGAAGGCGAGGCCCACGUAUUAUGAAAGAACCCUUUUAAACAAAAGGGGGCCAUGUACGGGAAAAGCUCGUGUAUGCUGGACGAUGGCUUCUCCCGACAUCUUCGACUAGUAGCACAGUUGUUCUGGUACUUACUAUCCUGCCUCAUGGUAGGAUAGAAACAAAAGGAAAGAACAAAAUAAAGAACUAACAGGAGGAUCUGGAAGAAAAAAGCCAAAGCUGCCAACACCAAACAGCCAUUAGUGGAUUAUUUGAUAAUAAAAAAAUGUCAGUUGGAAAAAAAGACAGUUGGAGGACAGCCUGGUUGUCUGACAUUUUCCUGUCUUUCAUUUCCCUGUCUUGCUUUUCUCUUUCAGAAAGGUCUGCAAAUGUUACAACAAUUUCACCAGAAAAUACCACUAGCAUCUCAGAAGAGUCCCAAGAAUCUGGAAACUACAAGAUAUUGCACAUUAUUUAUGCUUCAGCAUCCAUGGGUCUAUGUUGCCCAUUCAUCAUCGUAUGCAUGUUUUUGUGUAUAAGAAGGUACCACGAAAAGCAGAAAGCUCCAUUAACCCAACAGAGACAAGAGAACCUGGUCAGAAGUCCAGCAGCUGCUCCAUCCCAUGCUGCUGGGACAACUCAAGGAUCAGAAGAAAGCUCCUCGCUUUACUAUUGCUCCAUGGCUAGCCCACUGCAGGCCUUGCACGGCAAUGCAAUUUAUGACAACGACGUCCCUCCCUGGAACACUCAGAGGACAGCACCUAAUGCAUCUCACAAUGAUCCUGUUAUUCCUUCCAUCCCAGUUUUACUUGAAAGUGCAGAUGUUCUCACAUACGCUGCACUAAAUCAUUCUGCUUCUCCAGAAAGAUACCAGAGAAGGGAACUAACUGUAGAAAAUGAUUUUACAGAAUAUGCCUCCAUUAAUGUAAAUAAAUAAAUGUGGCAAGGACUCUCCAGACAACCAUUUUGCACUCAGUCCCAGUUCUAGCUUCCCUCUAGGAUGUUGUUCCUUUCUCUUUCGGGAAAACUUCCCUUUUGUUAAGAAGAACCUAUGGAUGCUCCCCUGUAACCCCAGAAUUCAAAACACAGCCCAUAUCAAUCGGUGGGUAUUUGCACUGAGUGUUUGUCUCUUAAAGGGGGGAACAAAAACAGUCAGCUUUCUUAUUUUUCCUUUUUUCAGGAUUCUGCUUCUAGUCUGACUUCGAUUUGGUUACAGCUUGAAUAUAGACAAAGGGGAGAAGGGGAAAGUUUUUCUAGGAUAGAAACAUGUAAAAUGGAUCUGUGAGGAAGAUGAUACUGAGUCAGGUUACUUUCUCCCAAGUAAAAGCUAAGAAAGUUUGUGGGAGAAUUUUUCUCUAAGAACAUCCUUCCAAGGAUUCAGUUUUUCAUUGCAGUUUAUCUCCUUGCAAAGUUCUCUGAAUACCAUCAAUGUCUAAAGCUAUUAUUAACCAAAAUCAAGUGAACACUUGUGUGUGUGUGUGUUUGGGUUUUUUUGGAAGACUGGGAAGGAGGAGAGGGUUGUUUUCCUUUUACAAAUAAUUGUCACAAAUAAUGUAUGAGAAAAUACUGAAAUACAGCGCGCACUGUUUUUCUCUUGGUGGGAUGAUUGGUUAGCUAAGUUAUUGCAUAUUGCUUUUGUCCAUAAUGAAUCAAUGGAAAGAACAAAUGAUCAGCAGUGACUGACUGACAUAUAAGUGUGUAUAACUGUGUCAUGCUAAGUUUUCCUCCCAAAGCUGGCACAAAAAAUGUGAUUAUGCUUCAUGCUCAGGUUUGCGGGAAAGAUGAUAAAAAGGAGAUAAAGGUCAAGGUGCCAUUUGAAGUUUGAAAAGAAACUCACACCUUUCCUCUGCACCGCUUAUUCAGCUCUAGCUUGGAUACCAUGCAUCUGCUCUAGCAAAAUAAUGCUCUUUAAAAAACUACUCUUAGUGAUAUUUGAACCAGAGGUUUACACCAGCAAGCAGAGAGUCUUUAACUUGGUUAAAAAACUGCACCACAGUUGAAAAGGAAGGAUGUGCUAGCGCUCAGGCUGCACUUAACGCACCGCAUGGUCUGCACUUAAGUUGAUGGAAGAAAGUAAAGCUCUUCUAUCUUCAUAUUUCAUCUUGGUAUCAUUCCAGCUAACACCAAAGCUGGUAAGCACAUACACAUUCACCCUGCCAUUUUGGUAAGCUAGAGGGUUUAUUUUGCUUGUCAUAGACUUGUGUUCUGCCUCCCCCUGCACCUUUGACCUCAGUCACAGUAUCCAUGUGGAUAAAAAUCCCUGGUAUUGUUUCUGCACUAAGUUGCUAGUUCAGACCAUGUUGAUAUUUUGGAUUUUCUUUUAAAAAUAUAUAAAUUAUCAAUCCAGUAAAUCAUUGAUAAUCCUCAUUAAGAAAAGUAGUAGAAAGCUGUCUUCUAGAAAAAUUCAGUUUGCUCUCUUUGUUUUAGUGGGCCAGUCCUCGUAUGGCUAAAGACUAAUUAUUUUAGGUGAAGGAUUGGGAAACUUGGAGGAAGUUAGGUAUGAAUAGGCCCAGAAAUAGACCUUUAAUUGCAUUUAUUGCUCAGCUGAUAGAGGUAAAAUUAUUUUCAUAGACUACAAGUAGCUUUCAGAAUAAGAAAAAAGUGUUUCUCUGAAAUAGACUUUAUCUCAGCAGUCUUAAACUGAGAACCAAGGACAGCCGUUCAAUGGAGAGCCUAAAUGGAUUUGAACAAAAGGCAUUGUUUUCCAUGACCUGGAUAUAGGCCUUGCAGGCAGAAGGGAAAAAGUAAAAAAGGCCAUCCUUCCAGAGAACAAGUACACCUGAAACAAUAAGGUUCUGGAACGUGCUUUGCAAUACUCUGCCUAUACCAUAGUGCAUAGGGAAGAGUCCAAACACCCUCAGGAAGGCGAGGAGGGGUGUUGGGGACAAGCAGGUUACCUGCUUGAGUUUCCAACCAGCUCUGCGGUGCAUUCAUCCGGGCAUGUACAGCUUUCCCUCUGUUAUCCCAUCGAGCUGAAAGCACCAGCAGGUCCAUUCAGAGCAGCCACAAAACGACAACAGGCAACUGGGACCUAGAACGAGACUGAACGCACGUGGAAGAAGUACUGCAUCAUCAAGAGAUGCAAAGGCUAGUGAAAUCUUAACGUGGUUUGUUUCACCCGUAGGGCAAGGCUGAACCUUGGUUUAAUGAUGUCUCCAGAGAGCCAAGUUUGAUUUGGAAGAUGAGGUUUUUGUAGAUAAACAGGAAGUACCUCACCACCUUAUCAUCAAACAUGCUAGCAAAGAAAGGUGAAGCACGGGAGCCUGCAGUAGGUUCAUUUUUUUUAAGCAAACAAAUUGAAAGAUGGUGCCUUUUUAAGCAGGGAAACAAGAGGUGCUGACUGAAACCAUCUGCCUCCUAAGGUGCAGAUAAUCCAUUCAGAUAAAGUACAGCAUGGCUCAGUUUUCACAGCCUUUUGAAAGAAAAGAAAAAAGUUAUUUCCACCAUCCUCUGGCUGUAAAACUGGCCAUUAACGGAAGGACUGUACUAUGUCACCUAAGGUGGUACGUACUCAUCUCAAUCUAGUGCAAUUCUCAAUAACAUAAUGUCACAUUUGAGACACCUCACCCAACAGCGGUUGUGUUAAGGCUCAGUGGAUGGCCUCCAGAUUUUACAGCGCAGCAUCCAGCUGGAGGGGCAGGACACCAGCGGGAGCAGAGCAGUGUCACAAUUCACCACGUGCACUCAGUGUGUGACUGAAAGGAUCCAGUACUGGGUUAAACCGCGCAAUCACGACGUACACUAAAGUAAACAAAUAGCCUUAGGACCCAUUCUGUGGGAGAUGUACAGCACCUGUGCAGCCUCCCUAAGACACGGUUCGAGGGCCUCCAGUCUAUAUUACAUAAUUUUCUACUUCAUGUCUUUCCUUUGCUAUUUUUGCACCAAACAUGCUCUACACGUGUGGUUACACAGGAAGCCCAAAGAACAGAAACAAAGCUGUACAGCUCUCAGUUACACCCACAAACCCACAUGGAAGGAAAAUAGCAAAGUCUGUGGAGCUGAAGGUCUGUUAAUGCCAGCAAAGCAUGUUAUUGUUCUUCACUGUGAUCUCUUCUUGCAAGGGAGGGACACGUAACUGGUUACUCCCUCCCAACCAACCCACACAGCACACAAGCCUCUUACAAGACUAGGUGGAAUGAAUGGGCUCUUAGGCAGUAAAACACAUCAGCCAUCCUAGUUUCACUUUAUCCAGUUAUCCCCCCACCCCAAAAUGUGCUUCCUUAUAAACACAUAAAAAAAUUAGAAUAGCAUGAGGUUUAUUCAUUUGCCAACUCUUGGGCCCCAAAUGUCUAUCAGACAGGGGACUGCUGCUGGCAAACUACAAACUUUUUCAUAUUGCUAGAUCAAGCAACAGCUUGCCAAGCCUUGCUUCUCCACCUACCUGUUUUGCAAUACUUUCCCCCACAUCCCCACAAUAGCCUGAGCCCCAUUUUAGCUCAUAAGGUUUACAGGCAGUGAGGAGAGUGCAGAAGGGAAUGCUAGAGCUAAUAGUAGGUGAGAAGCGGAGCUUGCACCUCCAGGAAAAAGGCAUCAUCUCAUACUGCUAAGCUUCCUGCUGCUUUCCCCUAAGAGAGCAGCCAGGACUGUAAAAAAUUGUAGGACUGCCCCCAAAACGCAAAGAAAUAGGGUGUACAAUGUUUGUUCCUCGGUUCGCCUGAGCCGCUCCACCUAGGUGCUGCUGUACUGCAUUACCUGCACGUUUGCAGUGGACUCAGAAAGAAAAAGGGGCAGCACAGACAGAGGGAAACACAGGAUGGUUCGGGACUCAGCAGCCAAGCUCCACACCAGAGCUCCCUGCACCCCAGCCAUUCCCCGUGCUGCCAGCUUGGAUCUUUCCAAACCCCAGGCAAGUGGUACCUUUCCCUGGGUCUCCCUACGUCCCACGUCUUCACCUGGGGCCAGAGGACACAAGCCCAGAGCUGAGCCCUGGGACCAGACCACAGCGCUGGCCCGGGUGCACAGGCAGAGCAAGGGAAGAGGCAAACAUCCAUUUCCCUGACCGCGCUGUUCCCUGUCCUGCUCCUUGCACAGCGUUCCUCUUUCUGCAGUCUCCACAGCUCUGUUUCCCUACACAUUUCUUAUCGACAAACAUCAGCCCAGGCAAAUGGGAACCAGAGACACAGACAGUGGCCAGGGAAGAGACAGGAGCAGAUUUCAGGGGCAGACAGAGAGCAGGAGAGGGAGACCUAAAUGGGCACCCAGAAAAAGAUCCCCAAGGAAGACCACCAGAGCCUAGAGGACAGCUGAGUUAGCUAUGAAGCUUGAGAUGUAAACAACCCCACGCCCCCUCAGUACAAAGUGAAGAAAUCUAAUUUUUCUGUGAGGUUUAUGUGGCAACUGCUAUUUGCCAUUAAGAAAGCCUACACUGGGCCAGGCCUGCUCAUGUUCACCUAAUGAAAAGCAAAAUGCCUAAGAACCCCAUCAGCCCCCAUUGCCAUCCACGCAGGUCAGCGGCAUGUGUCAGCCACACGCAUCAUCUGCUCUCGUACUCUCUCGGUUUCGCACAAGUGACCUUACCUUUACAUUACCAACCACCACAAUUAUAUAUCUAGCCUGAACUCAAAUUACAAACUCAUUCCCUUUCCUGCCUUCUCAUACGUGCAUACAGAUAUGUCCCCUCCAGGCACCCACGGAAAGAACACUACUGCCAUAGUUACUGUAAUAUAACUAAAGCAACAGGGGGUAAUCAGUAUUGGAAAUACUGUUAGGCAGAGCUUCUAACUAGUACGAACCUUGGCCUGUGAGACAGAGAAGUUCAUGUUAUAAUGGACUUGUAUAAUUAAUUAUGCAUCUUGUAUAAUUGAUUUUAGUCAGGACAUCUGCUCAAUCAACUGAAGUUUGGAAUAAAGAAUACGCUUGGCAUGAGCUGUAGCCAGACUUAACUGAGAACAUUGGAGCGAUCAUUUUGCAUGAUUGAAGAGUAAAACUUUGGUGGCUUUAAGCUAGUGAUAUGGCAGCUGAGUUUUGAUCCAAGUGGCAUUUAUUGUCAGGUAAACCAACUCGAAUUCUCUUUUCAGAUGAGAUUUUCUAGAUGCACUAGUGCAUACACAUUGUUUUCUAGUUAUCACACAUCUGCACAUGGCAUUAUCGAGAUGCCACUCAAGAGCAGGGCUGUGGUGUUUGCUGCAGCUCAGCCACCUCUGUUGCUGAGACACAAACCUGUCAUCUGGCAAUGAAUCACACACACUCAGUUUUCACAAUGCAGCUUCAGAAAGGGGAAAGGCAUUCAAAAGCAAGCAUAUUCGACAAGCACACUACCGGUGUCUGAAAAGGAACUUCAUGAUACUGCAGUUAGAAGCCAACAGUAACUAACAAUCUCUCCAGUCCAUCCCAGCAAGACACAUGCACUGGGACUCAACACCUCCUAAAAUCAAGCUGCCUUGGCUAAUAAAGAUCUCUUAAACUUGUUUACAACCGUCUAUCUAUGUCUUUUCAUCUGAAAUUGUGGCUAAUAAUAUUUUCUGUGGACAACU